AUGGUUGUCCUCAUGCUUUUGUUGACCCCUUUUCUUGUUGGCUACCUUGGAGGCCCUGCCAUCUCCUCUGCCCCAGGGGUCGUCCAAUUAAUUGAUGCACCGAGACCGGCAAUUAUCCCAGUUGCCACAAUAAACGCAUCUCAUUUUGCGACGCGCACGACAUCUCGAUUAGCGGUGAUACCAGCAACGGCUUCAGCUUUUGUACAAAUCCCUCAGGUCACAACAGUUGCUGUUCUUCCUGAAUAUGAUUAUUACCUGACCCCGAUUUUAUACCGAAGUGGAAUUUUCCACUUACACCGAUUCGUCGUCAAGGUCAAGUCAGUCGUUGCUACCUGGGAAGCUCUUAAGACUUCUUUUGAACGUGUUGCCAGUUUUUUUUCCGGCAAGCAUUAA